AUGCAGCUCCUUCAAGAAGAGCUUAGUAGCAAUAAGGAGCUCUUAAGCCAAGGAGAGAAAAAAAUGUUUAAAUUAGCCUAGAAUGGGAGACAUGGAAACAGUACCCACGGAAUUCAAAAGCCUGCAUGGUUGGGAGCCCUCUACACACAGAAAUUCUUCGUGGGGUGUUCUUACCAUGAAACUGUGAAGAAGAAUGAAAAGAAUGUGUAUUGUUUGGAUUGUUGCAUAAGUAUCUGCCCUCAUUGCAUUCCUUCACAUCGUUUUCACAGGCUGCUUCAGGUUCGUCGGUACGUCUAUCAUGAUGUUGUCAGAUUGGAAGAUCUUCAAAAGCUUAUAGAUUGCUCUAACGUUCAGGCCUAUACUAUAAACAGUGCUAAAGUGGUGUUUAUCAAGAAGAGACCUCAAAACAGGCAAUUCAAAGGGGCUGUAAAUUACUGUACUUCGUGUGACAGAAGUCUCCAAGAACCUUUUAUCCAUUGCUCUCUGGGGUGCAAGGUGGAUUUUGUGCUGAAACACUACAAAGACCUCUCUCCAUUCCUAAGGACAUGCAACACUUUAACACUCAGUCCUGACUUCCUGAUUCCACAAGACAUGGGAGACGAUGAAAUGACAAACGAGACACCACAUUCAACAAUAGUGGACAGUGAUGAGCCAAUGAGCUGGUCUUCAGGGUCAUCAGGGUCAUCAGGGUCAGAGAACAUGAGCAUGGCAUACAGUUGUGAUCAGAUUGUGAGGAAGAAGAGAAGUGGGCUAUAUUUGUGGGGGGGAUCAGCUAAUAAGAUUUCUGAUGAGGACAUGGCUACCAGCAUCAGUAGAAGAAAAGGCAUUCCCCAUAGAUCUCCUCUAUGUUAG